GCUACAGUCAGCUGUACGUGAAGAUCUGAAGCUGCCACCAGUUCAAAAGCUCAGGAAACCGUUGUCAAUGGCCACGCGCCAGAAAAUGACAAUCUUUUUUCGAGUCUCUCAAGUCCCUGUUUGUUCCAGGUUCUCGAGGCUGGAACCACGACUAGAAUCAAGGUGCUCAAGGCUGGAACCAAGAGAAAAAAAAAAAAAUUUCGCCCAUGGUUCACUUCAGUGGCUAUGGCUGGGACGAGUGCCAGACCAACGAUGUGCACGUCUUCGACUUCGGGAUGUACACCUGGAGCAAGCCUGUGAUAAAAGGAACGCACCCUUCUCCUCGGGACAGCCACAGCUCCACGGCCGUCGGGUCUAAGCUCUAUUUUUUCGAGUCUCUCAAGUCCCUGUUUGUUCCAGGUUCUCAGAGGCUGGAACCACGACUAGAAUCAAGGUGCUCAAGGCUGGAACCAAGAGAAAAAAAAGAAAUUUUCGCCCAUGGUUCACUUCAGUGGCUACGGGUGGGAUGAGUGCCAGACCAACGAUGUGCACGUCUUCGACUUUGGGAUGUACACCUGGAGCAAGCCUGUGAUAAAAGGAACGCACCCUUCUCCUCAGGACAGCCACAGCUCCACGGCCGUCGGGUCUAAGCUCUAUGUGUUUGGUGAUACCAAUGGAACCAGCCCGCUUGACGAUCUCUUUGUUUUGGAUAAUGCUACCAACACCUUGGGGAAACCUGACGUUUUUGGUCCGAGAGAAGGACAUAGCGCGUCUCUCAUGGUGACAACCUGUUCGUGUUUGGGGGAUGUGAGAAAUCCAGCGAUCCCUCCUCCAUGUUUUGGACACGAAUACUUUUGUCUGGAAGAAGAUUUCUACCACUGGAGUCUCGCCUAUUCCUCAGGAUAGCCAUACCUGCUCUUCCUAUAAGAACUGUUUCGUUGUCAAGGACAGUGGUAAUCCAGAAACAAUGGCAUGGCGGGAGGUAAAGACGACUGGUGCCAAGCUGAUGCCAAGAGCCGGGCAUACAACAAUCAGCCAUGGAAAGUAUCUCGCUUGUAGGUAGAUUUGUUUCCUGUUGGUCUCUCAUGGGGCUUUUACGUAUUUUGCAGCGACUG